CCCCUCCCCUCCCUCCAUCUCUCUCGAACACCUUAAAAUCCCUAAACACUGUUCCCCAAACCUCGCUUUAACAGCAAGGAGCGGAGCCGAUGUCGGCUUGUUGAUCGAGCGGGCUCAGUCGCAGCAAAGGACCGGAGCGGCAUAGGCAACGGUAGCGACAACUUAUUCAGAUUGGUUGCAGUUGUCAAGGUGCUGCUGGUAGGCAUAACUACAUGUCUUAUGUCCCAACCUUGUUCUCUCUCUGUGUGAAGACAAUUACAGCUGCAUUAGUACAUGGAAAUGAGCAUGUGGAGGACAUCGUUGAACUUCCUUCGGAAUUGUUUGAUGGCUUGGCGACAAACCUGCCUCCAUUGGCAUUGCAAAAUAUGCAUGAAUUGCUAGAAAGAUUACCUGAUAGUUGUGGUGGAGUAGGAUUCACAAAUGUUGGUGUUGACCAUGGACGAAAACGUAAAAGGAAAGAAGAUUUUAAUAUGACAUGGAAGAUGUUAUACAUGAAUCGCUGGCCUGAAGAUAUCACUAUAACCCAACAAAUUGGCUGUGUGGCAACACAAGAUGGUUGUGAAAUAGCUAAAUUGUCAAAUCAAAGUGUUGACUGGCAGCAACUAUAUUGGGAAAAGCAUCUACAGAAUUGUCUAGAUGAAGCUGCAGAGACGGCCUUACUUCCGUCUUUUGAUGGUUAUAUUAGUGACCUAACAAUUUCAGAUAACAUCAUGGAUGUAAUUGGUCAUAGUGGAGGCACAUUUUGUACCUGUAUGAAAUUGUCCUUCCAUUGCAACAAAUUUGGACAAUACAUUAGAUACCUGAGACUUCAAAAUGUGCUUUGUGUUGCAGAAACAUGUGAGCUACUUAGAGAUUGCAAGUUGCAAGGUUUGGUGUUCAGAAGGAUAAUCUCCAAAAAUCAGGUUAAUGGAGUGUGUAUGCAUCUAAACCAGCACAGGCAGACAUUGCAUUCUCUUGAAUUUAUGUAUUCUCAGAUUCCACCUGCUAUGAUAGAUCAAAUUUUUGGUUCUAUACACAGAAGAGAUGUAUCUCAAACUCAUGGUGUCCGAGAACUUCAUGUAAAAUCAUCUCGCAUCUUUGAUAGCAAGUUAUCUACCAUACCUGCUGGCCUUUUGUCUUUUAUAUCAUCAGGAAGGGACUUGCGAACACUGUGUUUUUGUGACAGUAAGUUGCUGCCAAAGUGUGCAAAAAUGAUUUUUGAUGUUCUCCUUGGGUCAUCUUCUGAUGUAGUCACUCUAGAGAUAUCAGAGAACAAUCUUGCUGGUUGGCUUUCUAUGGUUGACAGAAAACCUUUAGAGUUUGCAUUAUUAGUGGAAUCAAAUGUGUCAUUGAGGUCACUGAGGAAACUGAGCUUAAGGGGGAAUAAUUUUCAGAAGGAAGAUGCUGAAGAUCUUCAUAAUAUCUUGGUUCAUAUGCCUGUUUUGAGUAGUUUAGACAUAAGUGACAAUGCUAUAAUGGAUGAUGGAAUCAGGAGUUUAAUUCCUUAUUUUGUUUGGGCUGUUGAGAAAUCUUACCCUCUUUCAGAUAUUAAGCUAAAUAAUUGCAAUCUGUCUUGCACGGGAGUGGCUGAACUUCUAAGAAGCCUUCCAACUUUGAAGGGGUCAUUCUCUGUGGCAGAAAAUAACCUUGGCAGUUCAAUAGCAGCACCUUUGGCAAAGUUCUUGGCUUCUUCCAGUGUUAGAAAACUUAACAUUGAAGAUGUGGAACUAGGAACAUUAGGCUUUCAACAACUUGAGGAUCAAAUACCUAAAAAGAUGGCUCUUCAAAGCAUCAACAUAAGCAAGAAUCGUGGUGGGCUCAGAGCUGCUUAUUUCAUCGUUAAACUCCUCAUGUAUUCACCUAGUAUUGCUUAUAUCAACGCCGGAGGUAAUCUUAUGCCUCCUGAAUCAUCAGAAGUGAUUUAUGGUGCACUGAAACAGUCACAGGGUAAACUGGAGACGUUGGACUUGGGUGGGAAUACACAAUUAUGCCAGUCAAAUUAUGCUUCCAGACUUACGGAAUUUAGACUACAUGGGAGGCCCAUUGUGAUCGUUCCUCUACUGCCAGCGUCAAGCACGCCAUAUGAUGAUGAUCCUUAGCACAUCUUCGCAAUCACACUUGCUAUUGGAAGAUGAAUGCUUCUGUUGGGUAGCUCAGAAAGUUUGUAGAAUUGGACGUGAAUGCUUCUGUUGAUGCUUGAUCAUUGUGCAAAUCUGGGGAAUCAUGCGAAUGCAGGUGAAAUAACUUGCACUUCCUCAUAGAGAAUGAUUUUUAUUCAUAAUAUGAGUACUAUAAUUUUGUCACUUAGACUCUUAUAUGUUAGAGGAUAUUACCCAAAUAUAAUUUUCUUUUGUUUUA